AUGGCUGCUUGCAGGGAUGCAGAGCUGCUGUAUCGCAGCGGCCUGGGGGUCUUGGCACUGGGGCCAGAAGGCUUGACCAAAGUGCGUCAUACAAGCAGGGGGAAAAUGCGUGACCACAUCUACCCUGCAGAUGCAUGCUUGCUGAUACCGCUGGAGGACAAUCGCAGAGCAGCCACUCUGCUCCUAAAUCUGGCGCAGACUCUGCUCAACCAGGAUGUCUCGUCAAUGCUAGCCACUGCUGCCGCUGCAGAGGCUGUCGCGGGUCUGCAGGAAUCCCACUACAGGGCAACAGCUGAGGCGAAGGGCGGCCGAAUUGGCGAAUUGAGUGGCAUUUUCAGCUGCGGCUCGUGGGGGAGUAAACGGUCCUUCUUAACUGUGCGCCACCCCCUCGACAUUGGAAUUGGCGAGGUCGGCGAUGUCUACAUGAUUUACAAGUGCCGGGAUUCGGGUGGGAGGGUUGACGCGCAUGACUGGGGUGUAUUCCUUGGCGACCCCUGCAUGCCCUACACCACCGGAGCGGUGUAUAAGGAUUGUUUGUAUUUUCCCUCCCUGGGUGCGAGGCCCCACAUGACCUGCUACCCUCUUGGCCUCGUCGACAAUGGCGUGCCCAAUGCUGACAAGCAGGCAAAAAGUUCUACGGGAGAGCCUCCUUCCCCGAGGUGGGGCCAUGCCACGUUUGUGCAUGGCACGCGCAUAUAUGUUUUUGGCGGGACCGAUGGCACACGCGACAACCUUGGACGGCGAAUCUUCUUUGAUGACAUGAAGAGCUUUGACACGGAGUAUGGAGUAUGGCGAGAUAUUGAUGUGCUCGGCAACAAGCCAUGCGCACGAGGCUAUGGCCCUGACAGCUCAGCACCCACCCGGACUCUCGCCAGUUUCAAAGUGACACGCGGACCAGCUGCCUCCCUUCAGACCAGCCUGACAAAGCAAGGCCGCUGGAGGGAUCUGGCAAUAGAGCGGGCGUGCCAUGCAGCAGCAGAGUACAAGGUUGGGCUGCCAGACUUGCCAGAAAAGGUGCAGGCGCUCUACAAAGCACCGGCAGGAUCCGUGACGCUGCUCACGGCCGACGCGCUUGACAUCGCAGAAGGGGUCUUGACCCCGUCCGAUGCGGGCAAUGAAUCCAUUUCUGCAACGCUGCCCCCAGAUUGUGUCUUCAGCCCACAGCUCGAAGUUCCCCUUCGGCCGUUGAACAGUCAGAGCCUCUGGGGAUCAGAGCACUGCCCCUUUGAGCUGGCGCCUCGAUGGCUGACAUCGCCCUCUGAUGUCAGCGUCAACCUCAGGAGCGCCAAUCUGGCCAAGGCACUCAUGACUAAGCCUGCUCGCCCCUUCGCUAUGCGCCAGACAGUGAAGCAAUUUGGCACUGUGAAGGCUGCGGUGGAGUACUUCAAGUUUUGCAUGCCACAGCUGGAACAUGAGGAAUCAGCUGCAAACCCCCAGAUCUGGCAAAAUGUGAAGGAAAUUGGGGAACAUGUGGAAUCACACAGCAAAACUCUGAACCCGGCAUCCCUACAAACGGCGGUCGAUUUGUCAAUCACAGAAGUCAAAGCAUUCUAUCUGUGGUACCCCAGUACAGGAUGCAUGCAGAUUUAUGUGCUGAUGGUGUAUGGCCCAGUCUUUGCAUGCAUGCUGGCAAUAUUCCCAGAGGGUCAACCGCUGAUGAUAGCUGCAGUCUCUGUCUUUCAAGCCCUUCGGAUGGCCAACACUCAGACACGGCUGCUGCUGGAAUCAAACUUUGAGGCGCGGCUUGCUUGCUGCCGCUGCGCACAGCCCUACCCUUGUUUCAUCUCCCUGGUGAUUGACCCCAAUAUGCCAAAAACAAAGGUAUGCCGGGGUUGCCGCCUGGUGCGCUACUGCUCAGCAGAGUGCCAGCUGGCAGACUGGGAGAACCACAAGCCAGUCUGCAAGAAAUACACUCGCAAGGCGCAGCAGCCAGAGUUUGACACCCCUUAA